AUGCAGGAUGACAGCUUUGUAAGGCAAAUAUCUGAUCUGGACUCCGUUGAAGGUUCUGGGUCACCUCUGUUCGAUCUUAUCAAGCAGUCAAAAGAACGAGAAGGCCAAACUGAUCAACCUGAGCCUACUUCCACUUUCAAUGUGCCUUUCCAACAUAAUCACACUGCAGCAGACCUCUAUCUUUCUCCUGUGAGAUCUCCUAAGAAGAAAACAUCUGGACCUUCUCCAAGUGCUACAUCCACUCCAGAUGCUCAGCCAGGUGUGAACCCCCAGACACAGAAACCACAGAAAUCUACCUCCCUAUCUCUGUUCUACAAAAAAGUGUAUCUACUGGCCUAUCUUCGACUACGUACCCUAUUCUUUCGGCUUCUGUCUGAACAUCCUGACCUGGAACCCUUGAUCUGGACCCUCUUCCAGCAUACACUCCAAAAUGAGUAUGAACUUAUGAGAGACAGGCACUUGGACCAGAUCAUGAUGUGUUCCAUGUAUGCCAUAUGCAAAGUAAAGAAUGUAGAUCUUAGAUUUAAAAUGAUAGUUUCAGCAUACAAGGAGCUUCCCAACACAAAUCAAGAGACUUUCAAACGUGUUCUUAUCAGGGAAGAACAGUAUGACUCCAUUAUAGUCUUCUACAACUUAGUGUUUAUGCAGAAGCUGAAAACAAACAUUUUGCAGUAUGCCUCCAACAGGCCUCCCACUCUGUCACCUAUCCCACACAUUCCUCGCAGCCCUUACCAGUUUUCCAACUCUCCUCGGCGUGUCCCUGCUGGCAAUAACGUCUACAUCUCACCCUUGAAGAGCCCAUACAAGUUUUCCGAUGGGUUUCAGUCACCCACAAAGAUGACUCCAAGGUCUAGAAUUUUGGUGUCCAUUGGUGAAUCAUUUGGGACUUCUGAAAAGUUUCAAAAAAUAAACCAGAUGGUGUGCAACAGUGACUGCCAGCUAAAACGCAGCGCAGAAGUAAGUGCUGCUCCUAAGCCACUGAAGAGGCUGCGCUUUGAUAUAGAAGGGCAAGACGAAGCAGAUGGCAGCAAACAUCUACCCCAGGAGUCCAAGUUCCAGCAAAAGCUUGCAGAAAUGACAUCUACUCGAACAAGAAUGCAAAAGCAGAAACUGAAUGAUGGAAAUGAUACCUCAGCCAGUGAAGAAAAGUGAGAUUCUUCUCAGGACCAGGGGCUGCACUGCAGACCCUCUUAGAUUGUUUUUGUUUUACAGCCUUCAUUAAUUGAGUUGCUUUUUUAGUUGCUUUUUAUUCCAAACUGCUAGUUGAAAGCAUUUGGACUUUUUAAAUUUUUAAAUGUUUUUCAUGAUACUUUUGCCUAUGAUGUAGCAUGUAUACAAUGUAAGCCACUGAAUUUA